AUGUCCGCCUAUCGUGAACAACGGGUCCACGAUGUCCGCCUUAUGUUACCAACGGGCCCACGAUGUCUGCUUACCGUUAACAGCGAAGCACGAUGUCCGCCUAUCGUUAACAACGGGCCCCGAUGCCGCCUAUCCACCAACGGGCCCAGUGAUGUCCGCCUAUCGUUAACAACAGCCCCACGAUGUCCACCUAUCGUUACCAACGGGCCCCACGAUGUCCGCCUAUCGUUACCAACGGGCCCACGAUGUCCCUAUCGUUACCGUGCCAACGAUGUCCGCCUAUCGUUAACAACAGCCCCACGAUGUCCACCUAUUGUUACCAACGGGCCCCGAUGUCCGCCUAUCGUUACCAACAGGCCCCACGAUGUCCGCCUAUCGUUACCGUGCCAACGAUGUCCGCCUAUCGUUACCAACGGGCCCCGAUGUCCACCUAUCGUUACCAAUGGGCCCCACGAUGUCCACCUAUCGUUACCGUGCCAACGAUGUCCGCCUAUCCUUACCAAGGGCCCCGAUGUCCGCCUAUCGUUACCAACGGGCCCCACGAUGUCACCUAUCGUUACCGUGCCAACGAUGUCCGCCUAUCGUUACCAACGGGCCCCACGAUGUCCGCCUAUCGUUACCGUGCCAACGAUGUCGCCUAUCGUGUCCACCUAUCGUUACCGUGCCAACGAUGUCCGCCUAUCGUUACCAACGGGCCCCGAUGUCCGCCUAUCGUUACCGUGCCAACGAUGUCCGCCUAUCCUUACCAGUGUCCGCCUAUCGUUACCAACGGGCCCCACGAUGUCCACCUAUCGUUACCGUGCCAACGAUGUCCGCCUAUCGUUACCAACGGGCCCACGAUGUCACCUAUCGUUACCGUGCCAGCGAUGUCCGCCUAUCGUUACCAACGGGCCCCACGAUGUCCGCCUAUCGUUACCGUGCCAACGAUGUCCGCCUAUCGUUACCAACGGGCCCCACGAUGUCCGCCUAUCGUUAACAACAGCCCCACGAUGUCCGCCUAUCGUUACCAACGGGCCCCACGAUGCCCGCCUAUCCUUACCAACGGGCCCCGUGAUGUCCGCCUAUCCUUACCAACGGAGUUAA